AUGUAUGUUAGAGAAGGAAGAUUCUUUAUGAACUUGGACAAGCUUAGUUUGUGGAAUGAUGUACCAUUGCUUCAAUUAAAUGGGCUACAAGAUUUAGGCAUUAAUGAGGAAAAUGCAGAUCAACAUGGAGACCCCAAUGAACAUAAUGUUGAUCAAGAUGGAGAUGCUACUCAUCAAGAUGGAGACACUAAUGAGCAAAAUGUUGAUCAAGAUUGGGACACUAAUGAACAUGCUCCUAAUGAAGAAGAUGUGGGGACUAUUCAGUACAAUUUUACUGAUCUCUUGACGCAUUUCAUCUGUCAAAAUGCUAAUCAGGGUGGAGGAGGCGGUAAUGAACAGAAUCAUGAUCAAGAUGGAGGCGGUAAGGAACAGGUUCAUAAUGAACAAGAUGUGGGCACUAAUGAGAAAAGUGCUGAUCAAGAUGGAGACACAACUGAUGGGGAUGCUAAUGAUCAAGAUAGAGAUGCUACUGAUGGAGACACAAUUGAUGGAGACGCUAAUGAGCAAAAUGUUGAUCAAGAGGGAGACACUAAUGAACAAGGGGUCGCUAAUGAGCAAAAUGUUGAUCAAGACAAAGACACAAAUGAAGAUGUGGGGAUUAAUCAGUAUAAUUUUACAAAUCUCUUGAUGCAUUUCAUCUGUCAAAGUGCUAAUCAGGGUGAAGGAGGUGGUAAUGAACAGAAUCAUGAUCAAGAUGGAGGUGGUAAUGAACAGGUUAAUAAAGAACAAGACGUGGGCGCUAAUGAGAAAAGUGCUGAUUAAGAUGGAGACUCAACUGAUCAAGAUGGAGACACAACUCAG